CUUGGAGGGAAGGUGGCUUGUUGACUGAUCUGCUCUCUACCAAUCACAGACAGCAUUCGAAUGUGCAUAUAGCCAAUGGGAAGAGAGAGAGGAAGCCCACGAGGUGCACCAUUUCCCUCGGCCUAGUGCGAAACGUACAGUCCCAGCCACAGAGGAGGCCGCUGAUGGGAUGAUAUGGAGGCCAGAAUGUCCUGGAAUCACUGGAGCAGCCAGUGAACACCCAAGACUGGAGGGUGCAGCAGUGGGUUUUGACUGUAUCACUGUGAAUUUUGACCAGGAACUCCAGCACAGUGUGUUUGGUGACGCAGAUAAAAUGUCCUGUGUUAAAGAGGAGUGUGAGGACGUCAGCGUCAUGGAGGCGUCCAGAGUGAAGAUAGAAGACGAGGAGGUGGAGACGGAAAGUAUUCACUCUGGAAGAUACAGCGCAAUGUCAUGUGUUAAAGAGGAAUGUGAGGACAUAAGCGUCAUGGAAGUGUCUGAACUGAAGACUGAAGACGAGGAGGUGAAGGAAGAAGCCAUAUUACAAGAAGAUAUCAAAGAGGAGUAUAAAGUGGAAGUGAAGCCAUUUCAGGAAGAAUCUGGCCUAAAGAUGGAGCAAGAGACAAGCUCCAGAGAUGCCCUCGACCCGAACGAUCACCUGAGAAUACAUACUGUAGAAGAACCUGCAGAAAAGCCGUUCAGCUGCUCUGAGUGUGGAAAAGGUUUCACAACGUCGCAGUACCUUAAAACCCACAUGAGAAUUCAUACUGGAGAAAGGCCUUUCACCUGCACUCAGUGUGGGAAGAGUUUGUUUAAUUUAACUCACCUCAAAACCCACAUGAUGAUUCAUACUGGAGAAAAGCCGUACACCUGCUCCGAGUGCGGAAAAAGUUUUACUCAGUCAACCCACCUUAAAACCCACAUGAUGAUGCACACCGGCGAAAAGCCUUUUACGUGCGCUCAGUGCGGGAAAGGUUUUACAAACUCAAGCCAUCUUAAAACCCACAUGAGGAUUCAUACCGGAGAGAGGCCAUUCACCUGCAGUCAGUGUGGAAAGAGCUUUUUGACAUCCACCCACUUCCGAAGCCACAUGAUGAUUCAUACCGGAGAAAAGCCGUUCACCUGCUCCAAGUGCGGGAAAGGUUUUUCGGAGUCAAGCAACCUGAAGACCCACAUGAUGAUUCAUACCGGAGAGAAGCCGUUCAUCUGCUCCCAGUGCGGAAAAGGCUUUUCAGCAUCGAGAUACCUCAAAACUCACAUGAUGAUUCAUACCGGAGAAAAGCGUUUCCCCUGCUCUGAGUGCGGACAGGGUUUUUCAAAAUCGAAAUACCUCAAAACCCACAUGAAGAUUCAUACCGGAGAAAAUCCUCUUACCUGCACUCGGUGUGAGGAGAGUUUUUUGACGUCGGCCACCUAUAAAAGCCACAUGACUAUUCACACCGGAGAGAAGCCUUUCACCUGCUCUGAGUGCGGGAAAAGUUUUUCAGGUUCCAAAAAUCUUAAAAACCACAUGAUGAUUCAUACCGUAGGGAAGCCGUUCACCUGCUACCUGUGUGGGAAAGGCUUUUCAACGUCGCGGUACGUUAAACUCCACAUGAAGGUUCACACUGGAGAAAAGCGGUUCAUCUGCGCUCAGUGCGGGAAAGGUUUUUCAAAAUCAAGGUACCUUAAAACGCACAUGAUGAUUCAUACUGGUGAAAACCCACUGACCUGCACUCAUUGCGGGAAGAGCUGCACCACCACGAAUGCUCUGAAAAGGCACAUGACCGUUCAUAAAAAACACAAACCUCAUCCGUGCUCUCACUGCGAGGAGAGCUUCACACAUCUCUCGGAGUUAAAAGUACACCUGCUGAUUCACACCGGAGAAAAGCCCUUCGUCUGUUUUCAGUGUGGAGAGAAAUCGUCAACAUUAGCAGACUUUAAUAUCCACAUGAUGAUUCAUACUGGAGACGAAACUGUGGACUAAGUGGUGCAUUAAUUCAAGAGCUUUUAAAUGCUAAUCAGUCACAGAAUUUUGACCAGGCUUAUGCACUAGAGCAAAACAGAUCAGUAAAGAUGUCCUGUGUUAAAGUGGAAUGUGAGGAUAUCAGCGUCAUGCUCGUGUCUGGAGUGAAGACUGAAGAUGAGGAAGUAGAGAAAGGUCAGUGUGGAUUCACAAAACAUCAGUGUCUGGCAUCACAAAUGCUUUUUUAUUGCCUAUGGAUUUAGAAUGGGAUGUCAUAAAAGCUCCUGUAGGUGUGACGUUGACUUAUGAAUCUCUAAAUCCACAGGCAUUAAUGUGGACUUAGUAUGGACCCCCUUUGCAGCUCUAACAGCUUCCACUCUUCUGAGAAGCUUACUAGAAGAUGUGUCUGUGAGAGUUUGUGUCCAUUCAUCCAGAAGAGCAUUUGUGAGAGACACUGAUGUAGGACGAGAGGAUCUGGCUCACAAUCUCUGUUCUAG